GGAAAAUCCAUAUGUAUUGUUGUGGGCCAAUAACACAUGCGAUAAUACUGAGGCCUAAAUAGUUAGUAAAACCACAAGCUCAAAAUUUUUGAAAGUUAUUUUGGAACUGAUUUGAAAUUGUAGCAAAACAUUUUGUUGGCGAAACACAGUGGAAGAAAAAUCAGACGGCUGACACACUGAAACCAAAACCCAGAGGAGAGAGCUUCAUUCUCUUCAAACAAUUUUUGUCUCCUACACAAACUCUGUCACUCUGUAAAAUGGAAGACAUGGACACAGACGCUGCACAAGAAGCUAUCCGUCUCAAAGCAAUAGCAGAGGCAAAGUACGCUAAUUCCAGCCUGAAAUCUGCACUCAAACACGCCAAGAAAGCCCACAAACUCUGUCCUAAUCUUGAAGGUCUCUCAUCAAUGCUCACAGCUUUGAAAAUCCUCCGUCUUGCCUCCAUGACCAGCUCUGAUAUUAAAGAUUGGUACAAAAUCCUACAGGUAGAACCCUUUUCUCAUAUCAAUACAAUCAAGAAACAAUAUAAGAAGUUAGCUUUGGUCUUGCAUCCUGAUAAAAACCCAUUUUUAGGAUGUGAAGAAGCAUUUAAACUUGUCGGUGAAGGGUUUAGGGUUCUGUCUGAUAAGAUAAGAAGGAAAGAAUAUGAUAUGAGGUUGAGAAUUCAGCUUCAAGAAGAGAGGGUUAAUAAUGAUGAUGAUAACCCCGUUGUGGUGGAGACAUUUUGGACUGCUUGUUCAAGAUGUAGACUUCUGCAUCAGUUUGAAAGAAAGUAUUUAGGCCAAAAUUUGAUUUGUCCUAGUUGUAAAUUAAGUUUUGAGGCUGUGGAGGUUGAAGAAAGGGAUAAAGAGGAUAAUGGGGUUAGGGUUAGGAUUAGUGAGAGGUUGAAGAGAAAGGUUAUUGGUGAUGAGGGAUUUGGGGAAUUGUAUAGCAAACAAAGAAUGGGGGUAAAACUAAAACCCAGUGGUGCUGAAGGGGUUGAAGAGUUCGGUAGUGGGGUUUUGAGGAGGAACGUAGGUGGUGCUCAAAUUUCGAACGAUAGAGACAAAGGUGUGAACUUGGAAGUGAAAGAAGGAGGUUCUGGAGAAUGGGGCGGUGGAAGAUUGAGGAGUGGAGGUUUGAGGAGAAAAAUGAGUACUGUUAAUGAAGUCUUGGAAAGAUCAAAGCCGAAGAAGGUGAAAUUUGUGGAGGAAAUGAUGACACUAGCAGAGAUGCAGUUGGAAGCGAGGAAGAGAGCUCUCCAAGAGAAGGCAAAAUUGAAGGAGAAGCAGAAAGAUGUGACAACAAAUGGAAGAGAACAAAAGGAGAAAGAAAAACUUGUGCUCUUGAAGAAGCUUAGGAAUGUAAAGAGUAAAAAAACUAGUGAAGCGCCUAAGAACAGUGAGGUCAUGGAACUUGAGACAAGAGCCAGUUUAGGUAAGAGUAAGAAUUUAGAAAUCGGGAGAUGUGGUGCAUCAAAGAAGAGUGUAGAUUUGAAAAUUGAGCGCCAUAGGAGUUUGAGGAAUGGGGAUUUGAAGAUAAUGACAGUGGCGGAUUCAGAUUUUGAUGACUUUGAAACAGAUAGAUUUUUGGAAAAGAGAUUUAAGAAAGGACAAGUGUGGGCUAUAUAUGAUGAUGACAGGAAGCCAAGACGCUAUGGUUUGAUUGAUGAAGUUGUUUCUAUGAAUCCGUUUGUGGUAAAGUUAAGUUGGUUGGAUUAUCAAAAUAAUGGGGAUGAAGGGUUGAUUUCUUGGGGAUUUCAUGUGUCUUGUGGGAGAUUUAAGGUUUCCAGAAAGACAGUCAUUAAUUCCAUGAAUAUCUUUUCACAUGUUGUAGAUUGUGAAAGGGCAGCAAGAGAAGUUUAUAGGAUCUAUCCAAAAAAGGGUUCAGUAUGGGCGCUUUAUAAUGAAGUGGAUUUGGGCGCAGAAGAAGCAAAUAUCCCAGCUAGAAAUAAGCAAUGCUAUGAAAUUGCUGUGUUCUUAACCACAUAUAGUGAGAUGCAUGGAUUAAGCAUGGCCUACCUUGAGAAAGUUGAUGGGUUCAAUACUAUAUAUAAGAGACGUGAAGUUGGAUCUAAUGCGAUUAGAUUGCUUGGAAAAAAUGAUGUUUGGUUGCUUUCGCAUCAGAUUCCUGCGAAGAAGCUUUCUGGCAAUGAGAUCCCUGCUCUUUUAAAAGAGUGUUGGGAACUUGAUCAUGCUUUGCUUCCUUGACAUUUGCUUACCAUUCAUUAAGGAAAAUGAUUGCAGCUUGGAAACAUUGAUACUCUCUCUAUAUAUCUCUUUCCAUUUGUUAGGGUUCAAGGUGGGAAUUGUGAUCCAUGAAAUUGAAAAAUCCAAUGAGGUAAUUAUGUUAUUGGCCAAUUUUUGUGUUUCUCUAGUUCAAUGAGGUGCUGCCUUUGGGUAUAAUUUGUUUCUUAUGUACUUGUCUGAUAUACGAGUCCAAAGUGGUGCAGACAUGACCAUGAAUGCUCACAUGGAAGAGUUAUCCGAAUAAGGCUUUUCUGAAACAUGAAAGAGUCGAGAUAGUUGGUUUCCUAUAUAGGUAGUAUGUAUAACUGUGCGUUCCAAGUAUUCUUUUGGUGCAUUGGAAUUCUUUCUAUAUGAUCGUAGAUACGAACACAAGGACAUAGUUAUUUGUUUGAUCUUUGAACUUGUCGGUUUCCUGAAUCACAUAAGACUCUUGUAGUUUGUUGAUGUAAUGUGUACCUUCCAUAUGCGAAGCUGGGUCUUUAUGUCUUGUUGUAAUCUGAGCCCAUCUUGGAGAGGAGCUACUGAUCUAUUUAUUCUUUUUAUCAUUCUAGUAGUAAAAAAAGUAAUCAAGUAAUAUAGUAUUUUAGCGGGGCUGUUAUUGAUUUUCACUUUAAUGCACUCUAGGAUGUUUAUGAAUGUGCAUAUUUGGUUUUUGCUUGAAUUGAUACUUUGUAUAUGAGAACCUGAAGUUUUAUGUUGGCUGUUACAUAAUUCCAUCAAUUUUUUGCUAGUCGGCCAGUCUUUGUAGAUAGUCCUCGCUGCAAACCAUAGAUUCCAUUAUAGAAAUGGAAAAGAUAAAACAACUGACAAUAAGGAAAAAAGAAGAAGAAAAAAACACAUGGCCAGUCUCUGCCACCUUCAAGACCUACAUCUAAUAGAACAGUCGCCAGCCCACCACCACUAUCCGACUUGUUAAUAUGUUUAGCUGUUGUAGAUUAUAUGAAUUAAUCAUGCUAGAAAAGUUCCUGGUGACUUCACAUGCUAGGGUGACUGUUUGUUGAGCUUCUCAUUGGUCAAUAUUAUCACCAAACUUUUAUGCAAGUUACAUGAACAUUACUGGAGUUGAAUACAGUCUUUCCUGCUGUUGCCCUCUCCAUCAGGGUGUGUUAUAUCUGGUAUUCAUCUUGAGUUUCAUGUUUACUUUUGGAUUUGUUUGACUCAAUAUGGGGGAUGUAUAACUUGUGCACAAAAUUGACUUCAGGCCAUCAAUUUUGUCUUGCAGCCCAUCCAUGUUGACGAAUGUCUAUAUUCACCAUUAAGAUGGAAAGGGUUUUUUUUUUUACUAUAUUCAUAUCAUAUAAUCAUUGCCAUGACAGGCUUCACUUUUCCAAGAAAAUAUUUUGGUGGUUUAGCAUUGUUUUCUUUUAAAUAAUUUGACUUUUCAGCGUCUUCCUAUAGUUAUCUUUUAAUUCUUUUGUGGUUUAGGAUGCUUGCUUUUCCUUUCACUUUCAGCUGGUGAAAAUGGUAAGGGAAUCCAGGAUACUUAAAAGCCUCAAUUUUGGAAUUUUAUACUUGAGGAUAUGCAUUUAAAUUUAUAGUUUAUACUUGUCAUGGAUGACAGAUUACUGAUUUUACAAGUUUUUACUGCAUCCCUGAAAAAUUGACUCAGGAAGCAUAUUCGUUAGUUGGUACCUAUUUUUCUGGAUUGUGAACUUCCUCUGACCAGGUUUCUCUUGCCAGUAGAGCUUCAGUUUAAAUAAUAUGAAGUUUUGAAACCUUUCAGUGAAGCUUUGAGUUUUAGCAUAUGCUACACUGUAUCUCCAAUUCUCGGUUCAUUUUUAGGGCUGUCUUUUUUGGCUAUUCCAGGGCAGUUCAAUGGUUGCCGGGCUUGUUUCUUUGUGUUCAUAGUUUCUCAUUUUUUCAGUAAUUUGUGUAUUUUAACAAUUGGUGUUUGAAAUGAAGUGCAAAGAGAUCUUCCAAUCAUUUUAUUGGUCUUAAUAUGCUUUCUCAUUUCCGAAGCCUUCCCUUUUCAGAAGGUAAUGGAUCUUGGUUGCCUGUGUGAGUUUUGCUUGGAAGCAUCUUCCAGUCAGCAAUUUCAACCAUAAACAUUGCAGACUGUAAUAGAAACUAAUACAUCUGCAUUUUCUUGUUUUUGUUCACUUCUCUGUGAUUAUGGAUCUCAAUUUGCAUCUGAAGACAGUAGGCUUGAAGCUUUUGAAACAUUAUGUGCCAAACUGCUAGAGACAUUCUGUAUCAAAUGGAAUUUGUUUUUGUGAAAGAUUGCAGGUGCUGAGAAAGGAAUUCCAUUACAGGAAGUCAUUAGUAACCUCCUGAAAAGGAGAGUUGGGCCAUGAGAAGCGUAUGUUUUCCAUGCCACCACAGUGAGUCUGCUAUUAGGUGAACCAGGAAAUGGAGGAUGAUCCACAACGUCAGUGGUUGGUGAAAGGGUCUCUAGACUUUUUAAGUCUUCAGGACAGUAAUCAGAACUUUUGGUCAAUGACGAAGCAGCCGUUCUCUUGAAACAUAAGAAAAAAAUUGCAUGGAGCUUCCUGUCUAGGGGAAUUGGCAGUUUCCAAUGCACCAACCAGUUUGCUUCCUUUGUCUUUCAUUUAAUGCGGAUAGAUUGGUGGCACAAUAUGGUGCAAGGCAGACCUUUGUAAAUCUGUCUUGAGGUACAAGGGGUGCGGUACAGGGUUCUCAUACUUUAGUGCAUUCUGAAUUUGCGAAUGGAUCCUUGAAGUAAUGUGCUUCAACUUCUGGUUCUUUUAUUUAUCCAUCGAUAUCAACUAUCAAAAGUAAGUAGUCGGAGCCCCAUUCACAAAGUUUUGGUUGGAUUUAAACCUGUAGGGAGUUCAGCUGGCUGGAGUUCUUGGAGUUUCUGCAUUCAAUGCGCUCUUUGUUGUUAACUUCGGGGUUCUAGCAGCAAUGUUACAAAAAUCUUGGGAGUAUUCCAGCCUCCUUGUUUACAGAAGGCCACUUUGGUGCUUCUUCACAGACUUGUGAUCCAGUAACCAAGGAAAUUAUCUAAGCUGUCGCUGCAGUUCAUGUUGACUAAGCUGUAUUCUUCAGUUGUUUCUGAUUAACUAGAUUGGUCAUCUUAAUGGUGGCAAAUAUGAUUUGCUAGAGGUAAUACCA